CUAUCGAGGAUUAUUUUUUGCUUUUUUAUUUUUUAGCUGAUAGGAUUGUGUAUGGUAAUACCUAAUGGCAAUUAAGUAAGUCACGCAGGGAGUUUAUUUUUGUCAUAUACACAAUUGCAACAGUAGAAACAUUUUAGUAUGAACUGGUAAAAUUUCCAUAUUCACAAUGAAGUCCCUCUUCAGAUCGACAUCCACUUUUGUGGGAGAAAAUAUGGAUUUGUUUCCGACGGAAGCCGUAGCAGACUUACCAGGACCUGUUCUAGAGAGCAUUCUCCCAUAUAUGAGUGCUUACUGGCUUCACUCAAUCCACCAAAGUCUUUCUUACGCAGGUGUGAAGUGUGAAUGGCUAUGGAACAUGCACAUCCGGCGACGCUGGGGGUUUGGAGUUCAGUCUGUGAUGAAUGUGUUCCAGGAGGCAAUUGACAAGGAUCCACGUAAAGUUUAUCUGAUGAAGCAUUUUCAUGAUCUUCUCAAUUUCUGUACACUCAGUGUCAACACAAGAGAUCCUCACAGCUUAUUCCUCUGCCCAAUCCACAGACUGGUUCGCAGGGAGACCCUUGAUCCGCCACCUGUCAUUCCAGUUCCAUCUUCUUCCUCUUCAUCAUCAUCGUCUUCUUCUAGUGCUCCGAUUUCUUUCUUCAUCUCAAAUCACCAUGAUGGAGGAGGAACAGUAGGACCUAUGUCUUUCCAUUUGGAACAGUUGUUGGAUUUUUCCGCUCAUGCUCAGACGUUGCGUGUUCUUGGAUCUCAGUGCGGUUGGAUUGCAGGUUGUGCUCCACUUCUCGAGAAACUUCUCCAAGUAACGGAAAGACUUCAGCUUGUAACACUGACAGACACCUACUACACUGGCAUACGUGCCUUGGUGGUAUCUCUCAUGAAACAUGGUAAAUUAACCAAAGUCGUCUUGUCAACUGUCAAGUUAUCAGAACCUUGUCUGCUAGACUUGAUGUUCGUGUGUUCAGGAAAACUUGAUCAUACCUCUUCUAAUUUAUCAAAUGUGAAAAAAUUGAUCUGUCAUAAUUGUGCUAAAACCAAAAAGAAUUCAGAGUCUUCCUUGACAAACUCUUGUGAAGACAGUAUUGAAUCAAUUGAAGAUUCAGCUGUGGUAGAUAGGUCUGAAGAAUCAGGAAAACCAGAUGACAAGUUACAGCAGUAUGACGAUGAAAGACCUUCAACUAGCUCUGGCAUUUUUUCCAGUACAGUUGAGGAUAGAGCAAUGUGUUCGAGGACCAUUGAGCCCCUCUUGUGGGAAGUAGGUUUUGAUAGUGACGGCAGUGAGUCCUCAAAUUUCGAUAUUCCAGAUGGUCCUGAAAGUUUACUGGAACCACAGGUCUUAGAUCUUUAUGAUGAGGCUAUUACACCUCUACCUAGACCAGCAGACACCUUGGAAAAUCUUGUUCUCGCUCAUACAAUAAACAUCAAACCUGAUGAAUGCAGAAAACCUGUUCCUUCGUCAAUAUCUCGAUGUGUUCAAUGUCAAUCAGCUAUUAAUAGAACAGAUUCUGUGUGUGUGAAAAGGGAAACUGCAAGUAGUUCUUCCACAGGGCAAAAUAAAUUUUGUUACAGAGAAACUGUGGUGAAGAACAACAAAAGUUCUACAAACAGCCAAGCAAAGUCUAGUUGUCAUAGUAACCAAAUUCAGAAAUCUGGCUUUCAUAGUGAUGUAACGCAGACCAAAGAUCAGAGCACUGAUGAGACAGUAACAGGACUGGAGUCAUUUGCUCUGUUGAGUACUGCCAACCGGUACGAUAUCAGUUCCAUUCUUGUCCAUGUCCUUCCAGGCUGGACAUCUUUAAAAAAGUUUGGAGUUUUUGAUGUAGACAUGAAGUUGGAGGAACUGACCACACAGUUACUACAGAAGGUACACGCCCACCAGCUGUCUCAUCUAGUACUGGAUGACAUCAGUGUACACCCAUCCUUCUUCCAGAAGUUUCUCCACACUCUACAUACAGACUUCAAAUAUGGAGAGAAUUGUCAACCACUUGAGCUGUUGGACUUUCAAGCUUGUACCAAACCUAUAGAGAUUAGUCAACCUUUGUGCCCAGGUGUGCUGUUGCAAGGUGUCCGGAAGUUAGACCUGAGCAUGAACACCCUGUCAGAGUCUGGGUUUGCGGCCCUGUUGAAUCUUGUCAAGAAUGAUCUGGCACUGAUGCAUUUAAAACUAAAUGGAUGCUUUCUUCAGGAGGAACAAGUUCUUCAACUCCUGGAGGUUUUGGCAGAGAACACUCGGAUGGAGGUGGUAAGUCUCAGUGGCAAUCGUGUGGUGGAGGAAUCAGUGGAGCAGGCCCUGCUACUGUUCAUAGAAAAGUGUGUCUCCCUGAAAACUCUCAUCCUCAACUACAGCAGGCUCCGUAGUACCUUUGUGAGCAGUGAAGAGUUCAUACACACAGUGAGAGGUCACCCAAGUCUUCAGGAGCUGUCAAUCAAAAACAACCAUCUAGAGUCUGGUGCGCUGAACUUCCUUAUGGCCAUCACCUGCUCUCCACGACGACCAACUCUCCGCUCCCUUAACAUUGGAUACAACUGGAUCAAAGGCCAGGAUUUAAUUGAAGCUGCCCAGGAAAUACGUUCAUACCAGCGAUUGCACUUUCCGUCCAACAUUCUGGUCCUCGACUUCCUGUCUCUUAGUGGUAAUCGUCUCCUCCACAGCUUCCAGCAGCAGCUGCGACAGGAAUACAGGGGAUUGGUGAAAGAUCUGGAGGCCAAUAGCAUUGACUUCUCACGACCAUAUGCUGAACAUGUGGGUCAGAUGUAAGAGGUUAGGGGUCAAAUACAUGUGUAAUCAUCAGACUCAACUUCGUCAAAAUCUGAGUGUAGUAAACUUUGCAAGGGCUUGAAAUUAUAGAAAUAUUUCAUUGAAGCAGUGGCACAUCACUGAUUGCUGAUGCAGUGUUGUUAACUUGAUACAAUAUAUAGUUUAUAUUUGAGUGACUACUGACGAAAGCUAUCACCAAAGAGAUUUCAAAGCAGAAAUAAAGCAGUGUGUUUUAGCUCAGCUCUGUGAAGUAGAGAGUUAAUUUUACUUUGGCAUUGGUGUUUAGCCUGUUCAUAACACCCUGCAUCUGUUGUCCAUCCAUCAUCCAUCCUUAACCAAAUUCUUGUAAUUGCUUUUUCUUGAAAAGUACAUCUUUCUCAAAUUUCAUUUGAAGGUUCCCUUUGGUUCCUAGUUUUGUUCAUAAAUUCUGGUGCUUGUCAGAAAAACAAAAAUGGUUAUGAGGUGACCAUCUUGGAAUUUGACAAUAAAAAGUUUUUCUGGAUAAAUAUUUCUCGAACUUCAUUUGUAGUUAUCCUUUGGUCCCUAGAUGUCCUUUUUAGGUUUUGGGACAGAUGAAAUUAGAAAAAAAAAAAAAGGAAAUUGCUAAAAAACAAUCAUCUUGAAUUCUGACUGUUUACUUCGGCCUUUCCCAAAGUUCCUAUGUAGGUUCUUCUUAGUUGCUAAUUUUGAGACUGAUGAGAAAAUCAAAAUGACUGACAGGUGGCCAUCUUGAAUUUUGACAAUGAAAAUUUGUUACUGCUAUUUCUUGAAAAAGAACAGGAUGGAUCUAUUUCAAAUUUAGGAUGUAGGUUUUGCCUUAGUCCCUAGUUGUCCCUGCUUGAUUUGGGACUGCUAAUUGGUUAAAAAAAAGGCUGACAGGCAGUCAUAUAUGAUUUUAAUAUUGUUUUUUUACCCUAAUAAAAUAAAAUGAGAUUUUUGGAUUUCAUACUGUAUCAUGUUAAAAAGAUUUUGGUUUAAGUAUUGAAAGUACAUCAGUACAUCACUGUAGUACUAUGGUACUAAUAUUUAUAAUCAUGUUCCUUGUAGGACUUAAUGGUCCGUUUCUUUAAAGUGCCUAAAAGCUUUACUAAUAUUUGUGAGACAAGAGUUGCUGUUCUGCAAAAGCUCCUGUCUUAUAACUUAUGAUCCUUUGCUGAUAAUACAUUGAUCUUUCAGCUCUAGGUUAAAUAUUUCUUUACCCUAGUGCAAAUUUCAAUUAUACUUUAUACAUGUAUAUAGUUGACUGUUCAUAGGCGAAUUUUGUUUUUAUUCUGAUCUUUUCUGUUAUGCUGAUAAGAUGAAAACUAUAUUUUUUCCAGACUAUCUACCUUUUUACUGGUAUAGCAUUGUUUAGUGUUAAGUUUAGUUGAUGAAUCCUCUAGCAUUAUACAGUAUAAUACAAGAAUUGUGAUAAAGUUAUUGCUUUUUAAAUGUUGCAUUUAACUUGAAAUGUAUCUUUUAAUUGUCAUUAAUUUAAUCACAUGUCCAGUCUGUACACUUUUAGCUCACCUAUUCUUAAGGAUAGGUUAGUUUAUGCCAUAUUGUGUCAUCUUGCAUCUGUCAACUUUUCCCUAAAAAUCAUUACUAGUCAGAAACCACUUUGAGCAAAUUUGACCAGAAGUAUCCUUUGGGAAAGAGAGAACAAGUUUAUUUUGUAUAAAUGGCGGGUUUCAGCCCCAAGGAGCCUGAGGGGCUCACUCAAAUGGAGGAAAAGUAGCAAGUUCUGUAAUAAUUCUUUUUCAGAAGGAAUGAUCGAAUUCUACCCAAAUUUGGUCUGCAGCAUUCAUUGGUGAGGGGGAAUUUUGUAAACCCUUUGGGUGCUGGGGCCUCCUAGGGUGGGAAGGGCAGAUCCCAAUAGAGCAUGGUCUUUGAAAUUUUUCUGCUGAAGAAAUGCCUGGAAUCUUUUCCUAUUUAGUUUGAAGCAUUCUGGGUGGAAGAGGAACAAAUCUUGUAUAAAUGGUGGGUCUCUGCCCCUACAAUGGGAGGGGCAAGUCCCAAAAGGGGAAAUAGAACAAAUUCAUUUAAAUCAUUCUUCUUCUGAAGGAAUGUUGGGAUUCUGUCUCAAUUUAGCUUAAGACUUUCUUGGGUGAAGGGGAUUCAAUUAUAUGUAUAUAAUUGGUCUCGGGUCCCCUGAGUAGGAAAAUCUUUGCCUGGCUAAUAGGGGGUAUAGAACAAAUUCUUUAAUAUCUGUCUUCUUCUGAAGGAAUGCCAGGAGUUUUCCCAGUUUGAUCUGAAGGAUCCAUUGUGCCUGGAAUUAACAGUGUAUUUUGGCUUGUACAGGCAGGGCCCAGUAGGAGGAAUAUAGAAAAUUCGUUAAAAUUCUUCUUCUUUUGUGGGAAUGCUUGGAUUCUGUCCUGAUUUGGUCUGAAGCAAUUUUCAUAAACUAUAGAUUUGACUUGUAUUUAACCACAAGGUUGUGGCCCAGAUAAGGAAAUUAUUUCAGAAAUUCUUGAAAUUCUUUGUUAGACAAAUUGCUGAAUUAACAAGGUGAGUGAUGCAGGCUCCAUGGGCAUUUUGUUACAUUACACAACAGGAAAUAUUUCAAUGUUAUUUACAUCAUCUUAACAGUAAGUGCAAAUGUAUGGUUGUAUUACCUAUUAUUGUACAAAUUAAUCUGUAGUACAGUCUACAUCUAACCUGUAGUAACGAUCCGUUAACAGUAAAAACAUUUGAAAUUGCUAUAAUGUUACACAAGACAGAAGCAAACUGAAAUCAAGAAGUUGAAAAUUAAAAUUUGUUGACGUGUAUGAAUAAAAAACUGACUUUUGUUGUAUAUAAGAAAACAAACAUUUUGCAUUUUAGAAGCAUUUCUUUAAAAUUUGAAAAUCCGAAGGAUUGAACAAUGGAUAACGAACCUUUUUAACAAUUCCAGAGUUAAUUGGUAGAAUGCACUUCAGGUAUUAUAUAUGUGUACAUGGACACUUCCUUCUCUACAUCAGUCCCAACAUACUUCAGGGUAAACUGGUAACUACUUCAUAAUAAAAGUAUAUUGUCUGUGUAUUGACGAAGACAAUCCAAAUUUUCAUGAAAAUGUAGAACUAUCAGAGGGUAAAAAUUGCAAUUUCUCUAAUGAGAUUCAUAAACAGGUAAAUCACCAUUGUAUCUGUUUUGUGUUCAUUUUACAUACCUAUCAUAUAUACCAGGAAUAUUUCUGUAAUAUGAAUAAUGC